AUGGGGUUUGCUUUCGCUGCUAGUGCGCUGAAAGUGACCCACGUGGCGUCUUCAAUCACUAACAAAGCUCUUCUCGGGCGUGCACCGUACAUACCGCCGCAGCCCCCAUCUGACGGCGCGUAUGACAUAAACAAGAGCCCCCUCCCCCCAUUUAGGCAAGCUGAAUGCGUUCCCCCGCUGCCUUCCCACACGUGCGGCACUCAAGGUCCCAAGCGCUGUGCUCCCGCGCUCGCAAUUAAAACGCGCCAGAGGCGAACGAACGAGGAACGCGGCCGCGGUUCUACAGGAGCGAAGGGGACGCCGCGCUUCAUUUGCCCGAGCACUUUUUACAUCCACUUGCUCUCGCCGCUCGUCGGCCAAUCAACGUACCGCUCCACCCGUUCUGCAUUGGCCGGCCCGAAUAAGAGCUCUUUGAGGGAAAACAAUAGAGGGAACUUGGCGGCGCCGAGGGCACCGUCCCAAGCGGGUAACACCUCUCUCGAGACCUUCACGACCCUUCAGAAAGAGAGCUGUCACAGGCUAGAGUACCUCGUCGAGCGGCAGAAGCAACUGUGUUUGCUCUCCGAUAGAGUAUUACAGGUGCUGCAGACGGGUGCGACCCAAGCCGUUGAGGAGUGUCAACAUCAAUUCCGACACAGUCGAUGGAAUUGCAGCACUGUCACUAAUUCCACGGACAUCUUUGGCGGGGUGUUAAAAUUCAAAUCCCGCGAGUCGGCUUUCGUGCACGCGAUGUCGUCAGCGGCAUUGACGCAUACCGUGGCGCGCGCCUGCAGCAGGGGCGAGCUGAACGAGUGCUCGUGCGAUGCGAGGGUCAGGAAACGGACCCCGAGGCACUGGCAGUGGGGCGGUUGCUCAGAGGAUAUAAGAUAUGGAGAGAUGUUCAGCCGUGAUUUCGUGGAUGCCAAAGAAGAUAAGAAUACUGACGAGGGUUUGAUGAAUCUCCAUAACAAUGAAGCGGGACGUAGGGCGGUGCGGGGCCGGAUGCAGCGCGUGUGCAAGUGCCACGGGAUGUCUGGCUCGUGCUCGGUGCGCGUGUGCUGGCGUCGGCUGCCGCAGCUGCGGCUGGUGGGUGACGCGCUCACCACGAGAUACGAGGGCGCGUCGCAUGUCAAGGUAGUGGAACGGAAACGAGGAAAGAACAUAAGGAAGCUGAGACCUCUCCAUGCUGACAUGAAGAAACCAAACAAAACAGACUUAGUCUACUUGGAAGAAUCGCCGGACUAUUGCGAACCAAAUGACGAAUUGGGAAUUUUGGGCACACGUGGUCGCACGUGCAACAGGACGUCCGCUGGUCUGGACGGCUGCCGGCUUCUCUGCUGCGGCCGCGGCUAUCAGACCCGCGUCCGCGACCACGAGGAGAAGUGCCGCUGCCGUUUCGUUUGGUGCUGCCGCGUCCAUUGCGAGGUCUGCAGGUACAAGCGCGACCAUCACGUGUGCAAU